GGGGGGAGCUCCUCCUGGUUUGCUGGCUGCUGAGGUAAACUUUGGGAAGAGGUCGCGACGGCGGGUUGGCGCAGAUCUAUGAUCUCAGCUCACCCCCUUCCCCCGUAAAAGGCCUCGUGUGACCCUCCGCUGGGCGCCAAUCAGGCCCUGGAGGGGAGCCCUUUCCUUCCCUUCCCUUCCGGGCCACUCCCGCCUUCGCCGCUCAGGCAGCGUUGCGAAGCGGAGACGGGACAGCCUGGGCGUUUCAUAACGGAGAUCAAAGACAGUGAAGGCCUUCCGUUCCCGGCGCAAUAGGUUGGCUGCUGCUGUGGCAGCGCCCAUUCCGCUUCUCCGGUUGUGGCGUCCCCCGUUGACACAAGCACGCCAAGCGUGCGUGGUGUUGGAUGGUGUAUCCUGGAUACUCGGUUGUUUUGUCCCUGUCAAAAGUAACUCGUGUGGUGUGGUGUGUUGAGAUUUCCCUUCCCUGUCUGCCAAAUCAGAUCAUGUGAAGAUAGAUUUCCCCCCCUUAUUUAUGGUAGCUGUUCAGCGUCCGUCAACCUUAUUUGAAUACUGAUGAUGCAGGCGGGGAGGGGGUUCCCUCGCCUUUCUGGAGCCGCUUGUUUAUGACCGGAUCUAGGGCAUUGGAUCAACUUGGAAGUGCACACAUUCCUUCAUUCAUUUGCUGCGAUCAGGACCCUUCCCUGCUUGCUUUUUAGCACAAAGGCUCAAACAUUAAUUUCUCAACUCACCUGCAAGGGUGUCUGUUUUACAUGGUAUGGAGGGACAGAGGAGCUGUUCCACAGGGAUUUUAGAAUAUUUCUCCUCAAGAAAUGCUGAAGGCAUGGUUUGAACAUUACUGGAACAGAACUUAAUGAUCUUCUCUGAAGAGUACAUUUUGAGGGCAUUCUUAUCUUACAACUGACUCCUUCUGAAAUCAUCAUUCUAGAAUCUUGCCAUUUAUCAUCCAGAAAAGUAUAAACGAGCAGAAAUACAAAUGUCUACCACAAGACUAAAGUGUGAUAUGUUAUGUUCUUUACCGUAAGCACCCAUAAAAUGAGCUCCAUUGCAGACAGAGAUGAUGGUAGCAUAUUUGAUGGUCUUGUGGAAGAAGAUGACAAAGAUAAAGCAAAGAGAGUAUCAAGAAACAAGUCUGAAAAGAAACGCAGAGAUCAGUUUAAUGUGCUUAUCAAAGAGCUGGGAUCCAUGCUUCCGGGCAAUGCUCGAAAGAUGGACAAAUCCACUGUACUGCAGAAGAGCAUUGACUUUUUACGGAAACACAAAGAAAUCACUGCCCAGUCAGAUGCCAGUGAAAUCCGCCAAGACUGGAAACCUACAUUCCUUAGUAAUGAAGAAUUCACUCAGUUAAUGUUAGAGGCUCUUGAUGGUUUUUUUCUAGCAAUCAUGACAGAUGGAAAUAUAAUAUAUGUAUCAGAAAGUGUGACCCCAUUACUUGAACAUUUGCCAUCUGACCUUGUGGAUCAGAGUAUAUUUAAUUUUGUCCCAGAGGGGGAACAUUCAGAAUUUUAUAAAAUACUGUCCACUCAUCUGUUGGAAAGUGAUUCAUUGACCCCAGAAUAUUUAAAAUCAAAAAAUCAACUAGAGUUCUGUUGCCAUAUGCUCCGAGGGACAAUAGACCCCAAAGAACCACCUACAUAUGAAUAUGUAAAAUGUAUAGGAAACUUCAAGUCAUUGAGUAACAUGCCUAACUCUGCACAUAAUGGUUAUGAAGAAACUAUCCAGCGGUCCCAUAGGCCUUCCUAUGAAGACAGAGUUUGCUUUGUAGCCACAGUUAGGUUGGCUACUCCUCAAUUUAUCAAGGAAAUGAGCACUGUUGAAGAACCUAAUGAAGAGUUCACCUCUAGACAUAGCUUGGAAUGGAAGUUCCUUUUCUUGGAUCACAGGGCACCACCAAUAAUAGGUUAUUUACCAUUUGAAGUGCUGGGGACAUCAGGCUAUGAUUAUUAUCAUGUGGAUGACCUAGAAAAUCUGGCAAAAUGUCAUGAACAUUUAAUGCAGUAUGGAAAAGGGAAGUCCUGCUAUUACAGAUUCCUCACAAAGGGGCAGCAGUGGAUUUGGUUGCAGACUCAUUAUUACAUUACUUACCAUCAGUGGAAUUCUAGACCAGAGUUCAUCGUAUGUACACAUACAGUAGUAAGUUAUGCAGAGGUUCGAGCAGAAAGGCGACGUGAACUUGGUAUUGAAGAAUCCCUGCCAGACAUACCAGCAGACAAAAGUCAGGACUCUGGUUCUGACAACCAUAUAAACACAGUGAGCCUGAAAGAAGCAUUGGAGAGAUUUGAUAACAGCCCCACACCUUCUGCCUCCUCCAGGAGUUCAAGAAAAUCUUCUCAUACUGCAGUCUCAGACCCUUCAUCAACGCCCACAAAGAUGACAGUGGAUACUAGCACUCCUCCAAGGCAAAAUAUACCCGCUCAUGAAAAAUCUGCACAAAGAAGGGCUUCACUUAGUAAUCAGUCAUUAAAUUCACAAGCUAUUGGACAACCAUUAGCACAACCAAUGAUGUCCCAGCCUACAACUCUACAGAUUCAGCAAAGCAUGUCACAGCCCAUGCUUCAGUUUUCUGCUCAACUGGGAGCUAUGCAGCACUUAAAGGACCAGUUGGAACAAAGAACACGCAUAAUAGAAGCAAACAUUCAUCGCCAACAAGAAGAGCUGCGUAAGAUUCAGGAACAACUCCAAAUGGUCCAUGGUCAAGGGCUCCAGAUGUUCUUGCAUCAGUCAACUCCUGGGUUAAACUUUGGUUCUGUGCAGCUGACUCCUGGAAACCCUUCAAAUAUUCAACAGAUUACACCAAUAAAUAUGCAGGGUCAAGUUGUUCAAACAAAUCAGAUCCAAGGUGGCAUAAACACUGGGCAUAUUGGAACUCAGCACAUGAUACAGCAGCAGCCUUUACAAAGUAAUACAGCACAGCAUAGUCAGCAAAACAUUCUUGGAGGGCACAGUCAACAGACCUCUCUUACUAAUCAGUCUCAAAACACACUGUCAACCCCAUUGUAUAACACUAUGGUGAUUUCCCAGCCGGCUGCAGGAAACGUGGUCCAGAUUCCUUCUACUUUACAGCAAAGUAAUAACCAGAAUGCUGCCAUUACCACAUUUUCCCAGGACAGACAAAUCAGAUUUUCCCAGGGCCAGCAGCUUGUAACAAAAUUAGUCACUGCCCCUGUGGCAUGCGGAGCAGUAAUGGUACCAAGUACUAUGUUCAUGGGACAGGUGGUGACUGCCUAUCCCACUUUUGCUGCACAACAGCAGCAGCCACAGACAUUAUCAAUAACGCAGCAGCAGCAGCAGCAGAGCCAGCAGCAGCAGAGCCAGCAGGAGCAGCAGCAACAGCAGCAGCAGCAGCAGCAACAGCAGCAGCAACUUGCUACAGUUCAGCAACCAACUCAAACUCAGCUGGCCCAGCACCCACAACAGUUCCUGCAGACAUCCAGGUUGCUUCAUGGAAACCAGUCAGCUCAACUUAUUCUUUCUGCUGCUUUCCCACUACAACAAAGCACUUUUGCCCCAUCACAUCAUCACCAGCAGCAUCAGUCCCAGCAACAGCAACCGAUUUCACGACACAGAACUGACAGCAUGACAGAGGCGUCUAAAGUUCAGCCACAGUAGCAUGGGGUCACUGCUUCCAGGAGCAGCAAGCAGAGGCUGGUUCAUUAAUAAUUGCACUGGUGAUAGAGAAGAGCCUACAGACUUUGCAAAGUGCAGUAUUGGAUAUCCUUCUAAACGCUUGGAAUGUGUCUGCUGAGGAAUAGUACGCAGAAUGCUGUUGGAGGUACAAUAGGUAUAAAUGCACGAGAGGCUGAUGGGAAUAGGAAGAUGGCUUUCUUUGCCAGGAGCUAGUUGCUCUGGCUCUGUAUUUUGCUUUUUCUUCAAAGGCAUGUGCUGCCAUGUGUUAACUUGUUCAGAUCAAGUCUCAAAAUGUUCAGUGGACUAAAUAGGGCACUUAAAUAUCUUGAUGUUUUUAACAGUUCUAUCAGAUUAAGUGUUACAAUGGACAUGCUGUUGCUACAGCAGGUUUUUUUUUAAAGUAUGCCUGCAAUUAUGCUCCAAACGGAAGUUAAUUUUUUCAUAUUAUGGGACAGUAAAUAUUUUCUGACUAUUGUGUGGAAUCAAUCUUUAUUGUACAGAUACUGUAAAAUACUGUGUAUAUGUCUGGAUAAAAGCCGAGAGAGCAGAGUAUUUUAUAUGAUGCAUGAAACUGUUUGAAUAUGCCCCCCUAAAUUUUCACACAAUGCUCA